AUGGCAACCGCCGUUCCACCGAUCAUCUCCCCGAAGGAAGAUCUCCCCCCUCCACUGACCUCCGCCUCCGAGCCCCCUCCGCUCUUCGACGGCACCACCAGGCUGUAUCUUGCAUAUCACUGUCCGUACGCGCAGCGCGCUUGGAUUGCCAGGAACUGCAAGGGUUUACAGGACAAGAUCAAGGUAGUCGCCAUAGAUCUGGCGGACAGGCCAGCUUGGUACAAGGAGAAAGUUUACCCGGAGAACAAGGUGCCUGCCCUGGAGCAUAACAACCAGGUGAAAGGAGAGAGCUUGGAUUUGGUCAAGUACAUUGACAGCAAUUUUGAUGGCCCAGCAUUGCUGCCUGAUGAUUCUGCAAAGAAGCAGUUUGCUGAGGAACUGCUUGCGUUCAGCGAUGGGUUUAAUAGUGCAUUUUUCUCAUGCUUACGCUCCAAGGGAGAUGUGUCAAAUGAAGCCGCUGCUGCUGUGGAUAAAAUAGAAGCUGCCUUGGGGAAGUUCAGCGAUGGCCCAUUCUUCCUUGACCAAUUCAGUUUGGUGGACAUUGCGUAUGUACCAUUCAUCGAAAGGUUUCAGAUAUUCUAUUCUGGUAUCAAGAAGGAUGAUCUUGCCAAGGGAAGGCCCAACCUGCACAAAUUCAUUGAGGAAGUGAACAAGGUCGACGCAUAUACACAGACCAAAUUGGACCCACAGUUUCUACUUGAUCAAAUGAAGGAGAAGUUUGGAUUGCUUGAAGAUGUGACCAAGGAUAACCAAAUAUGCAUGCCAGGGAAUCGCUGCAGAAUAGCAGAUUUAGACUCGGGGGUGUUGCAAUAUAUUUUGAAUAAAAGAUGCAUGCCAUGCAUAUAG